GAUUAAAUCUCGCCCCCCACCGCUCCUGUAUCCCCCUCCGGCCAAGAGACGCGCGCCGAUCUACGCAGAAGGCCCGGCAGCAGUCCACAGGUGCUGUUGUAUACGCGCUCGAGAAGCCGUCCCCGAGAACCAUCACCGAGUCGACCGGCAUGGCUGUUAUAGCGCGGACGAUGCACUGGUGCCUAGCCGCCUGCUUUGCGCUGGCCGUUGGGCUUGUCCGGGAGGCGCACGCCAUCGAUGACCAUCAGCUAUCCCAAGACCUGCUGGACCUGAAGCUGCUGGGCCUCCGGCUGGAGACGAAGCUCACUAUUCUCGAAGGCCUGAUGAACAAGCUGAGCGCCAGCUCCAACAAGUGCAGCCAGGGUGGCCGCACAGGGGGUCCGGACACCGACACUGAAGUAGCCACCAGCGACACCCAGGAGCGAAUCUUACGCGCCCAGCAGGCCAUCAUCGACAUCAGCAACCGCAACACCGUCGAGCUGGAGAAUCUGUCGCAGCUCGUCACCACGCAGACGGCCAAGCUGGCCAACCGCUCCGACGCCAUGCUCGGCCUUCUGAAGUCUUCCGAGCUCGUAAACCGGCGGCCACCUGCUCAGGAAACCAUCUCACAGGGCCGUAGGCACCACCAGCCUUAGCAGAGCCCCGACUCAUGGCUGACCGGGGAUUCGCGUCACAAAUUAUCUCCUUUUCUUUCCACGUGAACGGUUUGAAAUGAACGGUGCGCAAUAAAUUGAAGGCCGGGAACGUUACGGCGCCCGUCAGUUCUUUGUGCACUGUUCACAUGGGAUGUAUGAGACAACGUCAUCAAUCGGAGACUCACGUCACUUCAUCAUACAGUGUGGCGCGUACAAUAGUGAACGAGAACCGUUCGUGUAUGCGUGGGAUUUGUAGGAGGAAAAUGUUUGCUGUGAGUGCGUUCUAAUAAAAGCUAUACUCUUCCUCAGUAAACUGAAACGCGGGAAGUAUUGCGCCAGGCCUUGUUGAAGGGAGUUGAGACUAUAAGAUACGGUGGUGGUGUGCUGUAGCAUUCUUGCAAAAUGUAUGUCGGAUCUGGUGUUAAAUAACGGUUCUCAGCCGCCCUCUCGGAGACCAACGCAAUCCCAAAAGCACUGUGCAUGCGAACCACCGAAUAGAGUGGUCAUUGGGCCUAGGUCUGCGCAGUAAAAUUCCAAACAUGUAGGCUCGGUCUCCGUUCGUGCCUCCUUGUGCAGUUUGAUGAACGCCGGAAUAUGCCCAUCAGCGCUUAAUAUGCUGAUAAUGCAGACGCUUCAUACGUGCGACCGAUUGGUUUCGCGUAUAAAACGACUGCAUCUGGAAGUUAUUUUCGAUAUAAUUUAUGCGUGUUUUCUGGGGCGUCUGUCACUUCUUGCGUGCUGCAGUAAGAUUGGAAUAGUAAUUUCAGUGUGUGAGUGUGUUUGUUCAGAACUUCUUUUACCAUUGUGAGAGCCAUGUGAGUGUGCAUAGUAUAUGUGUAAUAGUGACUAAUACAAAAUGCUGACGGCAUCAACGGUAAGUUCAUUCGCUGCUGCAGUGUGUUGUCAGUCAACGAGUUGUCAGUCGGUGCUGUGUACGUCGGCUCUGCCUUCGUCCUGUCCUUCGGGCCGUUCUUACCCCUUUAAUUCAUUCACCAUUGUCCUGCAUCAUUUCUGCGGAGUUAUUGAUAUUAAAAUUAACUGUCAUGCACCAAA